UUUGUUCUUCUCCUCCUCAGACCAAUGAAGAGCUCCAGAAGAGGCUGCACUGCCUGCUCUCUGGCUCUGAGAAUGUAACAAAAGGCAACGGGAUCACAUUCAAAUCCUCAGAGGAUCCAGAUAUUCCUGACCAGGUGGACUGGAGAAUCAAAGGUGCUGUCACCAUAGUCAAGGAUCAGGGUAAUUGUGGCUCUUGCUGGGCCUUCAGUGCCACAGGUGCUUUGGAAGGCAUGCAUUUCAAGAAGACGGGGAAGCUGGUCUCACUGAGCGAACAAAAUCUUCUGGACUGUUCUGAGGAGAAUUAUGGGUGUGGCGGUGGAUGGAUGCACCUAGCUUUUGAAACUGUGCAGAAGCAAGGUGGGAUCAAUUCAGAGAAAAGCUACCCUUAUGACAGACAGGAUGGGGAGACUUGCCGCUUUGUUCCCGAGGAAUCUAUCACCAGAUGUAAUUCAUACGGACAGAUCAUGAAAGGGGAUGAAAAAGGACUUCAGGAGGCUGUGGCCAAAAUUGGUCCAGUUUCUGUUGGAAUAGAUGCUGGGAGUAGCAAAUUUAGCUUCUAUAAGUCAG